AUGGGCGAGUCAAGGCAGGAACUGGUCGCAUGGCUCAAUAACCUGCUGCAGCUCAACAUCACCAAAGUCGAACAAUGCGGGACAGGCGCAGCGCUAUGCCAGGUCUUCGACAGCAUCUUCUACGAUGUGCCCAUGUCGAGGGUCAAGUUCAACGCAAACACAGAAUAUGCAUACCUGCAGAAUUUCAAAGUCCUGCAGAACACAUUCGCCAAGCACCAGAUCGACAAGCCCAUCCGCGUCGAGUCGCUCGUCAAGUGCAAGAUGCAGGACAACCUCGAGUUCCUGCAAUUCGUCAAGCAGUACUGGGACCAGCACUUCCCCGGCCACGAGUACGACCCUGUCGCCCGUCGCGGAGCAAAGGCAGUGACGGGUGGCGGCGCACCCGCGUCUCGUGCUGCACCUGCCGCUGCCAGGAGAGCGCCCGCCGCCAGCAACACCGCCGCCCCGCGAACGCGAACGCCGCUCGCUGCCUCAGGAGGCGCAGCAAGUGCAGCUCUCCGCGAAGAGAACACACAACUCAAGGAGACCGUGUCUGGCCUGGAGCGCGAGCGCGACUUCUACUUCAGCAAGCUGAGGGACAUAGAACUGCUCAUCCAGCAAGCCAUGGAGGCCGACCCUGAGCUCGAGAAGGACGAGGGGCUCCUCAAGCAGAUCCAGAACAUCCUCUACUCGACUGAGGAGGGCUUCGAGAUCCCCGCGGAGGGCGCCGAGGGCGCCGAGGAGGAGACAUUUUAG